ACAACACGGCCGCAACAACCAGACUACAUAUUAUAUUCAAACCCACGGGCAAGGCAACGAACUUUUUCGAAAAGCCUCAAACCGCUCUUCAACGGCUUUCCGCUGGUUCGUCCUUUGUGUGUAUUUUGUUUUUUGUUCGUUAUUCGAUUCUUUAUUUUUUGCUCGCGUUGUAAAUAGCAGUCAGCUUCUGGGAGGCCACUGCACAACCGUUCGACCAGAAACACCCUUUCGACCAUAUAUAUUUUAUUACCUUUGUUUUUCCAUACCAACACGAUAUGUGGGCACCAAACCGCACGAAGCCAUCACCUCACCGCACUCCUUCCAUUGUGUCUAUCGCCUCUGUACAAUCUGCAACCCGGCCGUUGUCAGUACACUCGCCCAAAAUGAACUCGAUGCCCCAGAUGCCCCAGAUGCCCCAGCUGCAGCAAAUGCCUCAGCUGCAGGCGGAACCCCCGAGCUACGAUUCGGAUACCUACUCCGACUUGGGUUCCGAUGACGAGCAGGACUAUCCUUCCAGGAUGAACAACCCAGCGCCGCUUGCGUGGAACAGGCCCCAAGCUGGAUCCCCCGCCAACCUCAUGGCACAGAAGAUGCAGGCACAGGCACAGGUCCAGAUCCAGGCCCAGGUUGUGCCUCCUCAAACGGCAAACCUGCAGUUCCACAACCAGCCGAGGCUACAGCAACGACCUGUAGACGACGAUGCCACAUCGAGAUCCUCAACGCUGGACGGCGAGGAAGACGACACCUACUCUUUGAAGAAGCCAGCCGCACCACCUGUGCUCAAGAUGAGCAAGAUGAGCAUCGAGAAUGAGAAACCUGCGCCCCCUCCUCCAGUACCACACGUCCCUGGCCCUCUCGAGUCGCAACUUGCGGCCCUCAUGUCCAAGCUCAUUCACAUUGAACAAGCCAACCCUGUUGCAUCCGUCACCCCGGAGGAGUUCCUGGAGAUGAAGAACCGUCUAAAAGCGCUCGAAGAAGAGAAGAAGGUCUGGUGGAAGCGCCACGAAGCCAUCUGGAGUCUCCGAGACGAAGACGUCGAGAAUAACAUCAAGAUCCGAGGCAUGCUCGCCAAAGCCCGCCGCGAACUCGAAGCCACACAAAAACUCCGCGACGAAGACCUCCUCAACGUGCAAAUCGUGCGCAGCAAGCUCGCCGAGAAGACUCGAGAGCUAGACCGUCUCCAAGCGCAAUCGCCCGCAGGCCGCAUCAGCCCCAACCGGCCUCGCAUGUCCAGCUUUCUUGAGAGGCGCGACACUACAGAUCUUUUUACUGCAGCCAAGAUUGCGGCCCUCGAGCAGCGCGCGCUCGAGCUCGAAAAGCGCAACUCCGAUCUCGUCGAGCAACUGGGUGCGUCGCAGAACGGCGGCAUCGACCACCUCAAUCGCACGACGGCGCAUCAGGCCUGGCAGGGCACGGUGACGGAUCUCGAGGCCAAGAUCCGCUCCCAGGAGGCCGAGCUUCAGCGGUUACGAGCAGGCGGCAGUCCAGGAGCCGGUGCUGCUCCGACCCAAUGGGAUUUUCAGCGGUUGGAGAAUCUGAUGGAGGAACAUGCUAAUUAUCGGGAGGAUGUGGGGGGGAAGAUGCAGGCGUUACGGAGUGAGAAGGAGGCGCUGAUGAGGGAUUUGCAUCGCAAAGAGAAUGACUGCCAUGUGCUUGAGCAGAAGGUGCGGUCGCUCCAGAGGAGGUCGGGUGUUAUGUAAAUAGAUUGGUGAGUGGGAAGGGUGGUGUGAGGUGUGUAUGUGUUUUCUACAUAGAAGGGGUGUAGAGAGAGUUUUCUUCUUGAGGUGGUGGUGUUUUUUUGGUGCUCCUAGCUUUGCGCUGGUAGAGGCGAAUAUCAAUAUCGUUGUCUUU